UUAGGGGGAGAGCUGGGGACAGCUGCUUGUGUGCAGGAGCUGGAGAGACUGCCCUCUCCAUUGCACAUCCUAAGGCCUAAGCCAACAGAAGCAUCUGGCUGCUUCAUGCUUGUGAAAACAUUGCUGCAAAAGCAGAUAAAGCUGUGAUCAGAGAUCCCUAUUAAAUAUUAACCCAAGGGAAUGAGUCACCCUGCUUGCUGCUCUGCAGGUAGGAACCUGCAGCCUGGAGGCAUCCCAAAUCAGGACAAGGUACCAGGUCAAACAGUGUGUCUGUCACCUCCAUCGCAGGCAAAUGCUGCACACAGAAUGAGGAACAGGCAGCAUUUGUCUACCUGCUGGGCUCUCUCCUCUCUGAGCAAGGGAAAAGUGUGCUCUAUUCUGUUUCCUACAGUGCAUGCAGAGUUAGUCUUAGCCCUACUGUUAUGGACAAAAGACUCCUUUCUUCCCUAAAAAGACCAGCCUGAUGUUCUAAGCCAGGCUGUUUGCAGGCUGCGGAGGUGAGCAGCCCCUGAUGGCAGGCAGAACGUGAUGAGACUGGACAGGACUAACCCUGCCUCUGCAUCCUUCGUAUUUUGUCUCAGCUUCAGGAACGGGCUCCUGCACAAACCACAGAUUGCUGGCACUGCAACAAGGCACCCAAGUGAUGAAAAGAGUCAGGGUGGACAUCUCUUAACAGCAGUUUUUCCUUUCCAGUGUGUUCCAUGGGAAACAGCACCAGCCGACUCUACAGCGUGCUUGCCAAGACGCUGAGCAGCGGCGCCGUGUCCCAGCACCAGGACUGCCUGGAGCAGCUAGACCCAGCACGGCUGGAUCCUAUAGACCCCAAGGAUUUGCUGGAGGAAUGUCAGAUUGUCCUACAGAAACGGCCGCCCCGGUUCCAGAGGAACUUCGUGAACCUGAAGAAAAACGCUGCCAGCAACCACCGCCCCAUCCGGGUCAUGCAGUGGAACAUCCUUGCCCAAGCUCUCGGGGAAGGCAAAGACAACUUCGUUCAGUGCCCCAUGGAAGCUCUGAAAUGGGAGGAGAGGAAGUGCCUCAUCCUGGAAGAAAUCCUGGCGUAUAAGCCCGACAUCUUGUGCCUGCAGGAAGUCGACCACUACUUCGACACGUUUGAGCCGCUCCUCAGCCGGCUGGGCUACCAGUGCACCUUCUUCCCGAAGCCGUGGUCCCCGUGCCUGGACGUGGAGCGCAACAACGGGCCGGAUGGCUGCGCCUUGUUCUUCCUCAAGGACCGCUUCGAGCUCGUCAACAGCGCCAACAUCCGCCUGACGGCCAUGAAGCUGAAGACCAACCAGGUGGCCAUAGCGCAGACGCUGAAGUGCCACGAGACGGGGCGGCUCUUCUGCAUCGCCGUCACCCACCUCAAGGCCCGCACCGGCUGGGAGAGGUUUCGGUCCGCGCAGGGCUGCGACCUCCUCCAGAACCUGAAGAACAUCACCCAAGGGGCAAAGAUCCCCCUGAUCGUCUGCGGGGACUUCAACGCGGAGCCUACCGAGGAGGUCUACAGGGAGUUCUCCAACUCCAGCCUCAAUCUGAACAGCGCCUACAAGCUGCUGAGCCCCGACGGGCAGUCGGAGCCCCCGUACACCACCUGGAAGAUCCGGCCCUCGGGAGAGUGCCGGCACACGCUGGAUUAUAUCUGGUAUUCCCAGCACGCCUUGAAUGUGAACUCAGCCCUGGGCUUGCUGACUGAAGAGCAAAUUGGGCCCAACAGGCUGCCAUCCUUCAAUUACCCCUCGGAUCACCUGUCCCUGGUGUGUGACUUUAGUUUUAAUCAAGACCCUGACAGGCUGCUGUAAUGUGUUGGAAUGCCACUAGGUAUUGCAGUGACUGAACUCACCACUAUUUUAUUUUAGAGAAGACUUUUGAAGCUGGAAGCAAUUGGAAGAUGAGGAAACACUGUUGUUGACUAAACAUUAUUUUGGGCACUUGUUUGGCGUUACGCAUGUCCUUCAGCCCUCAUUAAUGUGGAGCCUUUGAGGGAGGAAGAAAGAAGCCAGUGUUCUCAUCGUGGUCUUCUUGCCACGUCAGGGUUUGAAAACCAGAAGGCAAAUGAGCUUUAUCCUUUCACUAAGCCCCCUGUUUAAGGAUUUAAUCCUCUAAUGAAUGUGGAGGCCUUAGUACUUAAACCACUUGUGUUUGUAAAACAACUUGCCCUGACAGCAUGCUAAUUUUAUUUAUUUUGUGUUAAGCUUUUGCAAGUACCAAAGGGAAUGAGGUUCCAACUGCCCAGUGAGAUUCUCUUAAAUCUUUUUCUGUUGCAAUACGAAGGAAGUUUAAUGCAGAUUAGACAUGAACAAAUCUAAGCUCAUACUGGUGUGGUCUUCUCAUUUUCACAUGACCUGAAGUGAUGAAUUCAUUGGAAGCGAAUGGGUAGUGGUGCAGUGUGAGGAAGGGCCCCUCCAGUAAGAGCAGGUGAGGAAAUAGAGGCUAACUAUAACCUGGAGUAAUACCCUCACUUUUCCAGAACAAUGUGCAUGUGUCUGUUACACACAUACAGCCUGUAGGUUUGUGCACUGGUACCUUUGUCUCUUCUGUGCUUCCCUCUGGAGGGCACAGCUAACCAGGGAGUAUUUCUUCCUCUGCUUCAAGUAUUACUUUUCUAAAUGGUUUAAAUUUGUAGUCUUGUCAAUCUUGUUUCAGUAAAGGGCCAAUCUUAAUGUUGAAAGAUUUUAUUUAUCUUCAGAAAUCUAAAGCUACACUGGAACCUGGUACAAGAUAAAAUUUAUUUAUUGACAAAAGUUGGUUUGAAAUCAUGCAGUGGCCCAGGGGAACUCUGGCCAAGCACCUGGGCUGCAACAGAGCUGUGUUAGUAUAGUAACUCAUGUGAUGCUCAUUGGUAUGACAUAGGAAUUGCAUAUAUGGAUUGUAAAUAUGCCACUAUGCCAGAAAAUGCCAUAGGGAGAGAGAAGGGAACAGAGACAGCAGUUGGGGUUGGGCUGACAUUUAGAUAGUUGAGAAAGAUGAGUCAGGGCAAAUAAAGCAGUACUUCCAUGUAAAGUAGGGUACAUAGUAACUCUUAAAUGUUCCAUGUGUUUAUUAAUAAAAGUCUUUGGGAAAAAAA